AUGGAUUUAGUAAUUAACCCCGAAAAAACUUUGAAAGAUUUGGAAAAAGGAAUUCGGGAUUUAGAACAAAAUAAAAAGAAAACUGACGAUGAAAAUCAAUUGCUACUCUCCUUUUUAUUGAAUGAAGUUGGAAAAAAAAAGGUUAAAGUGCGAGAUGAAGAGGUCAAAGUCAAGCAAGAAACAAUUAAUUUCUUAGAGGAAAAGGUUAAAGAACAAGAAAAGGAAGCUAAAGUGAAGCAAGAAAUAAUUAUUCAUUUAGAAGAAAAUGUUAAAGAACGGAAAGAAGCAGCUAGAAAGAAUAUUAUCUUUUUGGAAGAAAAGGUUAAAGAGCGAGAGGAAGAAGCCAAAAUCAAACAAGAAAUUAUUAAUGUUUUAGAGAAGAAAGUUAAAGUACGAGAGAAUGAAGCUAAAACCGAUCAAAGAACAAUUACCAUUCUUGAAGAAAAGGUUAAAGAUCGAAAAAAAGAAAGUCAAGACAAACAAGAAACCAUUAGCAAUUUAGAAGAAAUGGUUAAAAAGCAGCUAGAAUUUAUUAACGAUUUAAAAGAAAAGGAAGAUAGCAACUGGCAAAAACUUUUAAGUAUUAAGCUUAUAAGGCUUCAUAGAUGCAAGCAAUUUUUAAGAUUUCGACGGCAUUUCCUAAAGGCUUCUAAGGCAGAAUAG